AUGGCUCAGACGUCCGCGCCAGAAGUGGAACUAUUCUAUCCUGACGGAUUGAUGGCGGACUUUACAGCAAAGCGUCAGCACCGCAAGCUUUCCGAAAAAGCUAGAAGAGACCGCAUGAAAACGGCGCUCAAAGGUUUGUCGGACGUUAUGUCCCACCGCGCAUGUCCCGAAGCAGCUGGAGGUGCAUUGCACCAGGACAUUAAUGGAAACAGCCAAAGCAAAGAGGUUGCGGGCGGAUUUCCCUCGGAACAUAGCGACAGGGUAUCCGUAGUAGAGGCAGCUACUCUCUAUAUUCACCAGUUACAAAAGAAGCUCGCGGAGACAAAUCACAGGCUGGAUGAGGCAAGCCAUUCUGGCAUGGCAAAUCUAGAGAAGAAGACGAAUAUGUAA